UAGCGGGAGAAAAACAAUUUUGGCUUUUGAUUGUGGCAAGUAAAAUCGCGAACACACCGUGAUUUACCGUUUGGCCGAGAACCGGUUGCGGAAACAGUUUUCCAUAAUGGUCGGCCGCUCUGUAUGGCCUCUUAUGGUGACAGCUGAUGCCCAGGAGGUGAAAUAGGCAUCAUGACUGUCGACAUCGGCAUAGACUGGAAGGUCUACAGGACUAGUGAUCAGGGGGUGGCUGAGAAGAUCAGCAAUGCCCUAGAUUGUGGCUUUAAAGUGAUCGCGUGCAUCGGCGAGUCGAAGCAGGACAGGGAGGCGGCGCAAAGAGAGCUGCUCCUCUACGGCCAGGCGUCCGUGCUGACCGCGCGGGUGUCCAAGUGGACAAACUUGGUCCUCGCUUACGAGCCGGUGUGGGCCACCGAAACGGGAGAGGUUCCUGACCCCAAAGAGGUGAUCGACGUUUUGACUCGACUUCGGCUGUGGAUUAGUCUGGCCAAGAGCCAGGAAGUCGGCGACUCGCUCAGGAUCAUCUACGCGGGCAACCUUACCACUGACCUGCUCAAUGGACUAAGAAAUAACACGGACGGCUUCCUCUUCAAGUCGGAGCCGCUCCUCUUCUGUAGCAUUGGAUCCCAAAGGAUUGGGAGUGGCGAGGUGAAGAAGGGCAAAGACCCAGCAACGAAAGUGGAAAUCAAAAGGAAACUGUACGCUUUGCCCGGAGGCCGGACGAACAGAACUAGCAAAAAAUUAAUCACCCUGGAUGAUAUUAGUCUUGCUCACCUAUUUUCCUAUUUUUUGAAAUUCGCCGUCAGGCUGGAAGCUUCGAGGACUAAAAGCAAAGGGCAGCAGCCUGACAAACCCAUCUUAACCAACGAAGAUGACUGCGAAGAAGAGGAGACGGACGAGGACGACGAAGACGAGCGAGACAUCUCGUCCUCGCCGGAAGAACCUCAGCUGCCCAAAUACGACCCUAGACUGGACGAGUUGUUGAAAUUGCGCGCUCAGCAAAGACUCGACUUGCUCCUCCACAUUUCCACGCAGUGCCAAAGAAAAGAAUCGACUGACUGUAUAGUUCCGCUGUGCAGUGAGAUGAAGUAUGUGUGGAGCCACAUGCAGCGCUGCGACGAGGCAGAGUGUCCGAUUCCUUUGUGUGAUAGACUUGCAGACAUCAUCAGCCACUGGACCACUUGUUACGUCGAGGAGGACCGCGAGUGUCCCCUCUGCACGCCGGUCAAAGAGAGGCAGACUAGGAAAAACCUCAAAGCACGCCGCCGACUGCCGCAGAGACAGCAGCCGCCGAGUUCGAACGCGGUGCCGAUUCUGGACCCGCCAAGCCCAAGCAGCACAAUUUUCUCCUCUCCGAAGCAGGCUGCCGAGGAAGAGAACGAGUCCCACGCUGGCGAAACCGCCUGUUGCAAUGAUGGAACCGGAGUGAAGUCUUGCGAUGAAAAGAUUGAGGUGAAAGAGAUGCCUGUGACGGUGCGGAAGAAGCACAAAGGGAAAUCGAAAAAGAGGCCGCAGGGGUUUAACCGGAAGCAAGGCAAAAAGUCUGGUCGCAAGUCUGCAGGUCGCGGGCAGAAAUCGAACCAAAAAAGAGCCCAAACCCCGGAGGAGGAAGACGACGAGGACGACGAAGACAUCGAGUCCGAGGGCGAGGAGCAAAGCAAGCUGAAAGAGGCCGAGCAGGAGGAGCCGCAGCCCAAGAGCCCGUCGCCUCCGGCGCCCGCUCAGGUCGGCUCCCUCAGCUUCGCCGAGGCCAACUCGAAAGAACCGGAACUGCUGCCGCAGGCGCUCACGCCCACCAGGCCGAAGAACGACAUGCAGGCGCGGAGGCAGGCAAAAUCCAAAGUGUGGACUCUGUCGGACGGCUCGGACGUCGAGGAGAGUCCCGAGGAAGAGUUGGCCGCCAUUUCAGUGGCGAUUAAUAACGUCAAGCGUCUUGUGUACACCCUGUUCCUCAUCAGGACCACUGUCAGGUGCAAGGGCAACAAGGGCGCUCAGCUUGACGUCGAAGACUGCUGCAAGAACGUGACUUGUCAGCCAAUGCAGGACGUGCUCAAUCACCUGAGGAUUUGCCGAAAAGGCGAAGACUGCCUGGUGGCUUGCUGCUACAGCGCGAGGCAGGUGAUUUGCGGCUGGGAGUUUUGCCAAGAGUACUGCAGCGUGUGCAGCACCGUGCGCUGCAUCUGGAAGGACAUCGACAAGGUGCCGGCCCCUGUCUUCUCCGACUGUCACAUUCCCGACGAGGACCUUCUCUCCCUCAUGACAGGAGACCUGAGCGUGAGUCUGAACAAGCAGUACGCCCAACUGGCCCAGAAGCAGUUGUCGAGCAAGCGUUCGCUGCACGUGAUGCACUACGCCGGCAUCCUGCAGCGCAGACAGCAGCACCUGCACGACAAGCAGCAGCAGGCCGAGGACGAGCACACGCUCAAGCUGCACGACCUCCACGCCUACGACUGCAUCAUGCAGCUCAACAUGCAGCAAAAGCUCGAGCUCCUGCUUCACGUGCACGAGUGCACCACUCCGCAUUUGUGCGAAGUGGAGCUGUGCAGAGAGAUGAAGACUUUGUGGACCCACGUGUGCGACUGCACGAACGUCAAGUGCGCCGCGGUUUGCAUCACGAUCCGGGAGCUGAGUCUGCACUGGAACAUGUGCUGCAACAACAUCAGCGAGUGCCCGCUGUGCACGCCCCUCGCCCAAGCUCGCUUCGAGCAGCAGCAGGAGGCGUGCUCCGCGUCGAGUGUCGACAGCAGCACCAAAGAGCACGAAAUGCGCUCGUUGAUCAGGAAAAUGCGCACCCUGCUGGCCGUCUUUCUCUGCAUUAGUGAGGAGAAGGAAGACGACGUUUCUUACCGCAAACUCUAUGGUUCCUGCUGUGCCUACUUGGGCUGCGAGGCUGCCAAAGACGUGCUGCUGCACCUGCGGACGUGCAGCCUGCUGGAGAAAUGCGAGGUGGUCUGCUGCUACUCAUACCGACAAAUAAUCUCUGGGUGGAAGUUCUGCGAGCCGACGUGCCGCAUCUGCACGCCGAUGCGCGAGUUGUGGGAGGUGAUCGAGAAAGUGCCUUCACCCCUGUCGGUUGGUUGUGACUGCACCGAGGGUGAAGUGUACCAGUACAUUGAAAACAGCAAGUGACCCUGUAAAAGACAAUAACGAGAGUAAUUUCGACAUACACGAUGAUAUAUAACUAAUUCAAACACUAUAACUAACUAGCACUCUUCUGCUGAAACAUUGCUGUGAACCGGUCUGUUUUGUUCUCUUUAAGAAAAGAAAAAAAUAAUUCGUUUCUAGACUGCAUUGUUAACAAUGUUGAUUGUGUCUGCAGGUGAGAAUGAGUUUCCUCCUCCGUCAAUGAUAUCACCCGAGCGUAGAUAAAUAAAUUUAUAAUUAUUAUUAUUACCCGAUUGUGCGUGCAGAGUUUAAAACUUGAAAACUUGAGCGGCUGGCCCAAUAAAUAAUUUGCAAGCUACAUAAUUAGAAAAAUGCAUAUACUAGACCUCCAAAUCGAAACCAGCAUAGCGAGAGAAUGUGUAAAAAUAUUAUACAUAUUUUAUUUUGCCUCUUUCCCAGCCGAUUUAGGACAAAUUUAAUUUUGAUUUUUGAAUUUAUUGUGUCUUAAAAAUUGGAACCCCCAGUGUACUUAGCACCUUCGCAGUGUCUCGAUCCCUUCCUUUUUUUAUUUUGUACAAAAGCCACUGCGCCGAUUCUUUUCUAGCGGUUAAUUUGUCGAAAUUUUUGUUUGUGAUGAAGACUAUAAAUAAUGGUAAACGGUCUUUUGUUGACGAGUGAAUGUGACGCUUUUCGCUGCGCAUAGAUGUAAAUUAUAUUACGCCCUCAUGCUGGACGAUUUGAUCAUUAAUAUGUCGGUAUCCAAGAGUAAUUAUAUCGAAAUAAAGUAAAAAGGUACAGUUAUCACACACACAUGCUUGGUCAAGGAAUAAAACAAAAGAAAAGAAAAAAAUCCAUUAUAUAGAGUGCAUAAGAAAUGCAAUCGAUCGAUGUUUUGUAUUUCGACACAGGCGCGAUUUUGUUUUCUGGUUGUGUAGAUAUUCUCUUAAGAUUAUUUACCUUUUCUCGAGGUGGGGUGAUUUUCACGAGUGCAUUCAACACUUACGCAACUCAUAUUACCUUCUUAAGCGAUAUGGCAUGACUUAUUUAAUUAAUUCAAGCAGCGAGGAAAUUAAUUUCUACUCACCGCCACGACGUGAAUUACGAUGAAGAAGCCUUGUCAGUAAUGUUAAUUAAUUAAUUAAUAUGCUACCGUCUAUAUUUAUCAAUUAUUUGAUUGAUCAUUAAUCAUUUAUGUAUGCCAUCAUGCUGUUAAACCAUUGAAAAAAUCAAACCCAAA